CAACUUCGUCAGACCGGAAAUAAAUCAUCAUCAUUCCUCAUCCCUUCCCAAGCUCAAAGCCAAAGAACUAUAUUCAUUACUCCAUUAUAAAAACAGAGAAAAAAAUAAAAGCUUUUAUUGAGAUUUGAGCCAUAAAGAGAGAGAAGAAGAAGAAGAAUAGAAGAGGGAACGAGAAGAUCUCCAGCGGAUCAGUCCCGCUUUAAAAGCAUUGGCGGCGACUGAUUUCCAUCUCUCUCCUCUUCCUCCUUAAAUAUUCUCUCUCCCUCUCUCUCUCUCAAUUUUACUCGCUACACAACGCCCCUUUCUUCUCUCUAUCUAUCUCUCUCUCUCUUACGCAAUUUGGGUUUUGCUUUUUUCUUUGUGUGUGAUUAUGAUGAUGCGAUUUUCCUUUCUGAUGCUUUUAUUUUCCUGGAAAGUUUAGAGAGAAGUGAGAAAAAUAAAAUAAAAAAGAAAAGUUUGGAACUUUAUAUGGUUUUCUCUGUUUGCACAGAGAGACAAUAAAUGCGUUUGUAAUGGUUAGUUGAGAUGGGAGGAAAAGAAAAUCCCGUAGUCCGAGGAGUUGGGUUAUUGCAAAAGGAUAGUGAGGCAAAACAUGGGUUUGGUUUCUCUUGUCUCUCUUCAAACAUCCAUUUCCAUUAAUGGUCUCUCCCCCUCCCAACAGAGCUCAACUUAAAAGAAAUCAACAUUUUGCUUUUUCUUUCUUUUUCUCUACUCUUCUGGUUCUGGUUUGAUUUUGUCUGUUAAGACAAAAAGAAAGAGUAAAGCUUUGAGCUUUUUUAGUAUUAAGCUGCUGAAGAGUCAAACAAAAAAGUGUGGUAAAGAAGACGAAGAAAUAUGAAGUUCAUGAAGCUAGGGUCUAAGCCUGAUACAUUUGAAUCUGAUGGCCAAUUCCACAAGUACGCAGUUUCGGAUCUAGACAGUGAUGUUACUGUCAAUGUUGGGGAGGUUACAUUUUACCUCCAUAAGUUCCCGCUGCUAUCGAAGAGCAAUCGGAUGCAAAGACUGGUCUUUCAAGCCAGUGAGGAGAAAACCUCUGAGAUCACUAUAUUCGACAUCCCAGGAGGACACAAAGCGUUUGAGAUCUGUGCUAAGUUUUGCUAUGGGAUGACUGUUACGCUCAACGCUUACAACAUAACAGCUGUUCGAUGUGCAGCUGAGUAUCUUGAAAUGACUGAAGAUGUUGAUCGUGGUAACCUCAUAUACAAGAUCGAGGUUUUCCUCAACUCGGGGAUAUUCAGAAGCUGGAAAGACUCAAUCAAUGUGCUUCAGACUACAAAAUCUCUUCUUCCAUGGUCUGAAGAUCUGAAACUUGCUGGUAGGUGCAUAGACUCUGUUUCAGCUAAGAUUUUGGUGAACCCCGAGACUAUCACUUGGUCUUAUACUCACAACAGGAAGUUAUCUGGACCCGAUAAGAUAAUCGAGUAUCAUCGGGAGAAGAGAGAAGAAAAUGUGAUUCCGAAAGAUUGGUGGGUCGAAGAUGUGUGUGAGCUUGAAAUCGAUAUGUUCAAGCGAGUUAUGAGCGCUGUGAAAUCGAGUGGAAGGAUGAACAAUGGCGUAAUUGGUGAAGCUCUUAGAUACUAUGUUGCAAGGUGGUUACCUGAAUCUAUGGAGUCUUUAACAUCAGAAGCUUCUUCAAACAAACAUCUCGUUGAGACGGUUGUUUUCUUGCUGCCGAGAGUGAACAGAGCGAUGAGCUACUCUACUUGCAGCUUCUUGCUGAAACUCCUUAAAGUUUCGAUCUUGGUUGGAGCUGAUGAGAUGGUUAAAGAAGAUUUGGUUGAAAACGUGAGCUUGAAGCUGCACGAGGCCUCGGUUAAGGAUCUGUUGAUCCAUGAAGUUGAGUUGGUUCAUCGGAUUAUGGAUCAGUUCAUGGCUAAUGAGAAACGUGUCUCGGAAGCUGAUCGGUACAAGGAGUUUGUUUUAGGAAACGGGGUUUUGUUGAGCGUAGGAAGAUUGAUAGAUGCGUAUCUCGCACUUAACUCUAAUCUUACACUCUCUAGCUUCAUCGAGUUAUCUGAACUUAUCCCGGAAUCAGCUAGACCUAUCCACGACGGUCUAUACAAAGCCAUUGACACUUUCUUGAAGGAACAUCCGGAGCUAAUGAAAUCGGAAAAGAAGAGACUUUGCGGGUUAAUGGAUGUGAGGAAACUGACGAGUGAGGCAUCAACGCACGCAGCACAGAACGAGCGACUUCCUUUACGAGUGGUGGUGCAAGUUCUCUACUUUGAGCAGCUCCGAGCUAACCACAGCCCUGUUGGUUCUGUUGCAGCUUCGUCGCACUCGCCGCUGCCGCCGGUGAAGAAGACGGAGGAGAACGAAGUCGUUGUCGGAGAAAGAGAGGAAGCGACGAAGAAGGUGGGGCUGAGCAAGAAAAGCAGAGGAAGCAAGAGCACGAGGAGUGGUGGUGGAGCACAGCUGAUGCCGUCGAGGUCAAGGAGGAUCUUUGAGAAGAUAUGGCCAGGGAAAGGUGAGAGUAGUAACAAAAGCUCUGAGGUUUCGUCUGGUAGCUCGCAGAGUCCGCCGGCAAAGUCGUCGAGCUCUUCCUCCCGGCGCCGGAGACAUUCCAUAUCGUGAAAGGGUCUAUUUUUAAAGCGUUGGGAGAUCAAAAAUUUGUAAAGAGUUAAGGUAUUAUUAUUAUGGUCAUUAACUUAUAUAAGUGGUUUUAGGAUUUGUGGUAGUUAAUCUAAAAAACUGAUGAAGUUAAGAAGUUUCUGUUCUGUGUGUUCUUUUCUUCCUUUCUUUCGCUUUUCCCUUUAAUGUGAAAGUCUAGUCCUUUGAUUACCAA